UGAUCCCACACCCCGACGCGUCUUGCCAGCUGCCAAAGCGUCCACCUACUUUUGCUCCUCCGCACCCAACACUUCCCUUACCUUCGAGUGCCACUCGAAGCCUGAACUAAUAAUUAUGUCUAUCGUAACAAUCCGAAACGUAGAAUUCCUCAACAAUCCAGCGCGAUUCACUGACCCAUACAGAUUUCGGGUCACUUUUGAAUGUCUGUCUCCUUUGCCAGAUGACCUCGAAUGGAAGUUGAUUUAUGUCUCCUGCCCCGAAAACGCCGCUCUGGACCAAGAAAUCGAUUCAUGUCUGGUUGGACCUGUGCCACCAGGCGUAAACUCUUUCGAGUUUCAAUCACCUGCGCCAGAUCAUAAACUAAUUCCUGAACAAGAUCUCCUCGGUGUGGCAGCACUGAUCCUCACCGGAAGUUAUGCCGAGCAAGAGUUCGUCAGAGUGGGUUAUUAUCAGAAUACAGAAUACGAGGGUGGCGAGGAAGAGCGGUUAAGUAUGGAAGGCAAGAAGGUUGCUGUGGAAAGAUUGGUGAGGGACAUUACGAAGAAGCCGAGAGUGACGCGGUUUCAAAUCAAGUGGGACGUAGCCCCCCCUCAAUCAACAGGCGCAUUAGGAGCAGCAACUUCUGCGGCUGUUCCUUCUGCGGACUCGUACGGCGACGAUGACAAUGAAAAAGACCAAAUGGACGUUGAUACUCCUACUAAGUCGAACGGUAAUAUACCAAUAUCGUGAUUUUCGUCUACUGUAUCCCAUCGCCCUUCUUACAUGUGAGAUUCAAGAAUGAUGUCCGUCCUUGCUUCAUGUUCAGCGGUACUCUUGGGUCGAGUGCCGAACCACUGUUGUUUGACUGGCACCGAUCGUGUGUCAUCGCAUUUCCGUCUUUCAAAUCUCACUGCACCCUUCAUUGUAUUCGAUCUCGAAUGUAUUCCUUACCGAAUCUCUUCAUUUCCUGUCCCCUUGCUGUCCGAAGUGCGUUCCACCAUAACAUUUAUUUCCUCCAAGUUCACACAAUUCUC